GUGCGGCGGUCGGUGCCCUGUCACCGCCUGCUCUGGCCAUGGCUAGGGCGCUUGGGUUAUAAAUUGGCGACCAAAGUUCCCGACGCGGCCCUGGUCCUGAUGGCGGCGGCGGCGGCCCUGGCAGCAGCCGAGCCACCUCCCGCGAUGCCGCAGGCGGCAGGAGCCGGAGGGCCAGCCGCCCGCAGAGAUUUCUACUGGCUGCGCUCCUUCCUGGCCGGAGGUAUUGCUGGAUGCUGUGCCAAAACAACAGUUGCUCCUUUGGAUCGAGUGAAGGUUUUAUUACAAGCUCACAAUCACCAUUACAAACACUUGGGAGUAUUUUCUGCAUUGCGUGCUGUUCCCCAAAAGGAGGGAUACCUUGGAUUGUAUAAAGGGAAUGGUGCAAUGAUGAUUCGAAUUUUUCCUUAUGGUGCAAUCCAGUUUAUGGCAUUUGAGCAUUAUAAAACGUUAAUUACUACAAAACUGGGAGUUUCUGGUCAUGUACACAGAUUAAUGGCUGGGUCCAUGGCAGGUAUGACAGCAGUUAUCUGUACUUACCCUCUUGAUAUGGUUAGAGUACGUCUAGCAUUCCAGGUGAAAGGGGAACACACUUAUACGGGAAUUAUUCAUGCAUUCAAAACAAUUUAUGCAAAGGAAGGUGGUUUCCUUGGAUUUUACAGGGGCUUGAUGCCUACUAUAUUAGGAAUGGCUCCAUAUGCAGGUGUUUCAUUUUUUACUUUUGGUACCUUAAAGAGUGUUGGGCUUUCCCAUGCUCCUACCCUUCUUGGCAGACCUUCAUCAGACAAUCCUAAUGUCUUAGUUUUGAAAACUCACAUAAACUUACUUUGUGGUGGUGUUGCUGGAGCAAUAGCACAGACAAUAUCCUACCCAUUUGAUGUAACACGUCGGCGAAUGCAGUUAGGAACUGUUCUUCCAGAAUUUGAAAAGUGCCUGUAA